AAAAAGAGCAGAAGCAGAGAAGCCAAAAGAGCUGUCAACUCUUCGAGCCUUAUUCUUUCAUUGAAACAACAAAAUUCAUUUCAAAGUUUCGAACUGGUUUGCCUCAUGAAUGAAUGAAUCACCUGGCUUCGUUCACGUGACAACCGUGUCCGUGGGACAUCACUCGCACCAAGAACUAGACACGAGAAUCGCUGAGGUUAAGGACAAAUGCUCACGAUAACCAGUACUCUGCAGCUGUAUACAAGAUCUGUUUGAUAAUGUCUACCACUUCUAAAGUGGUGCUAGGAGCGUCGUGCUUUGUGUCAUUCGGAAUUGUUUUAGGAGUGCAUUACAAACAACAGAUGGACAAAGAAAAAAUGCACCAAGGUGUUGUUCGUGACCAAGCUAUUCAAGAAAUGAAGCGGAGGCAGAAUGUUGUUUUGCUUGACCAACAAACAGUACUGACACAAAUGCUACGAGAUCAAGAUAAAGAAAUGAAAGGAACUUGAAAUGUGUCUCUCUGUUUUAGUGUGAUACAAAUGUGAUUCAAUGAAUAUAAUUGCAAACUCCCAAGAAAUGCAGGAAGUGUCCGGGAAAAUAGUUUAUUGAUGUAUUUAGAAGCAGUGUAAGAAAGGGAAUAAGCAAUUAAUCAAAUUGUAAUGAAGUAAAAUAAUAUAUUUUUGUGGCUGAA